GUGCUUAUCACAUUAACAACAUCGCCUAUGCUGGGUGAGAGGACCAUCUGGUACUUAUGUUCCUGAUUAUCACUGUAGGCACUUCCGGGUGCCAAGGCAAGACCCUAUCUGCCCAGUGGCCUAGGAUCAUCCAAUUACACGCCUUCCAACAGUGCGGUACACCCCAAUGGGUCAUCGCAUAUCAUUGACGUCUUCCAGAGAGAGAUUGAGGAUGCUGUAACACAGUUGGGGGCCAGGGGCAUAAUCUCAUGCUAUGGCUUUGCCUGCCAGAUGGCAGCCUGCAACUGCAGGACUUCAGCCAAAUGGCUGAAGCAGCAACCUUGCCAGCUGAGCCAAAAGUGGGAAUUUCACUGUGUCACUGGCACAGGGUGUCAGUUGAGGCUGACAACAAGAAAAGAACUGUAAAUCUGAAUGAAUAAAUAUUAACUUGCUAAUCAUGUUUCACUAGUGCCAAAAGAUAGUCUACACUUUACACAACACCAUCCUGACGAGGAGAGGUGUCUCAGCUUGGUACCACUACAAUAACCAUUAAAAAGAAAGAAGUAUAAGAAUAUAGCAUGUAACUGUGGUUAGCAAAUCAUUGAGAUAGAAUGUAUGAGCCAGCCUCUCUGCAAAUACUAAAAUCCCCAGCCUGGAGUCCACACACUUCACAAAACUUUAAAAUCUUCACCACACUUAUCAUAUAUCAGCUACAACAGAGGGCUGACUCCAACAGAAAUUUGUUUCUGUGUUCUCAUCACAAUAUAAAUGCACUCAGGAAAAAUGUGGCUUGCAGUGAUUUGCACACCACAGGCUUCACAGACUGGGGGAUCCUCUCACUGGAUUAUAGAGCCAUGUGUUUGGGGACAAUGCCCAAUUCAGAGGUGUAUCAGGGUCACAUUAUCCCACCUGUGUGACCAGGAUGAGGAAUGUCAUGGCUUGGUAUCUGGCUUCAGCGACCACAGAUUAAUAUCGCUCACUGGCAACUACUCCUCCCCUACAACUGCAUGGAUCUCUGAUGCAAUGGUGAAAUGACAGUCUGCAGGGGUGUGGCGCAUUUUGUUGUGUCACGUUCUCUGCAGGCCUCUUUGGUGGUUCGGUCCCCAGAUUCCUGUAUGUGACGGUACCCGGCAGAAUGAUACCUACUUCCCACCUAUUGAAAGAAGUAUUAGCUGGACCAGUUUUUCUGCUACGUGCUGUGCAGCAAUAAUUGUAAGACAAUAAUGGGUCAGAGCAGAGACAAAAUGCUUCCCCUGAAGAUUCUUCAUCUGCACGAGUGCCUUCAGGAUUGCAUGGAGCUCUGCAUUAAUUACAGUGUAUUCAUAGCAAAGGCAAAUCCUGAAAACCGGUUGAGGAAGAGUUCCCUUGUUUGAAGCUGUCAGUGUACACAACUUUAAAAAUUUGCUGCCUAUCUAAAAAAGCAGAUUUGGAAAUGUAAACUCUGGAAUGUAAUCCUUCUUAUACUGCAUCAAAUAAUUCUGGGUCUCUAGGGGUUACAGUGGAGGUCUGCUACGACCUUGAUUAAAGAAAUUACAACCAACCACACCCAUCUCUAAAAGGGAAUACUUUGCACAAGCCCCAUAUGGUCUCAUCACUCGUGUUGAUUACAAAAAAACCUUUCCAUUGGUGAACAAGCAAUGGGGCAGGAUGGUACGCAGAUGUGUAGAGCGUGAGCAGUGUUUUAUAGGCCUAUUGCACCAUGAGAAGUCAUUGCCUGAAGUGAAGUGAAGUGUAGGCUCACCACUUCAGCACAAAGGCUCAAUGUAGGGCUAGUUCAAAACCCCCGGUGGCCAGCCAAUUUCUUUAAUGAAGCACCAUGUCCGACAUCUUUAAAUAAGAAGGUCAUGCAGGCCCAUACACCAAGCAUCCAUAAUCAAGCUGAGAACUCACAAAGCCCCUAUAAAACUUGAACAGCCAUGUUCUGCCUGCUACCCAUGAAUUGUGCCUAAGACACUUUAAAAUACUGAAUGAUUUAAGGGACCAUCUUUUCAGGUUCCUAAAGUGUGGCAAGUCAAGUGUAAGGCCCAGAAACCUCACCACGCCUUUAAAAUUAAGAACACUGUCCCUAAUCCUCAAUUCAAGAAAGUUUAAAACAGAAUGUGAAUUGUUACAGAGAACACACACAGACUUCUUGGUAGUGAAAUUAAAGCCCCUCUUCUCUGCCAAUUCUUCCAACUGACAAAUAGUCUGUUGCAAGGCUUGAGGAGGAACAAGACACAGGUGAGAAGGAACAAAAGACAAAGAAGUCAUCAACAUGUAAAGAACACUGGACAGAAUGUUCAACUACUCACGACACUAUUAAUAGCUAUGCCAAAGUCAGUCACACUUAAAACACUACCGUGAGAGACAGCAUUCUCUUGCUUCAAGCGAUCAGAGAGGAAGUCACUGACUUGAUAUCUAAAAUAGUGUACCAAGAGGAAGGACUGUGUAAAUAUGGGAAGACAUGUGUCUCAAAGCAGUAUCACAGGCCUUCUCGGUGUCAAAAAAUGAUGGCGCAGGAAAGCCUGUUGUAUAGCUGCUUCCAGAAGGGUCCGGUCAUCAAUGGUGGAACCCACACUGAAAGCAACUAAGGAGAUUCUACAAUCCAGACAAGAUGGCAGCUAACCAUCCACUUCCAGGUCUUUCACAAAAAGCUAGUGAGGGCAAGACUAAGAAAACUAUUAGCGUAUAUACCAUCCUUCCCAGGUUUUAAAAGUGGAAUUAAAAUUACCUCUCUCCACAAGUUGGGAAAGUAUCCUGAUAUUCAAAUGAGGUUAAAAAGGGAAUGGAGGAUUCCUUUGCUCUGCCUUGUGAGGUGCUGUAAGCAACCAUAAUGGACCUUAUCAUGACCAUGUGAUGUGUAUCUAGCUCCCACAUGGGAGUCCCAAUUGCCCCUCUCAACAGCCACCCAGUGGUUUCGGAAUGCUGAUUUCUGGCUGGCAGUGGCGGUAGCUGUGGCAAAAUAGGCUGCCAUACUUUGGGCAAUUUCUCGCAGGUUGGUCUGGUGGUUUCCAUUCCCCAUUACAACAGCCACUGUGCAAUUCCCUCCUCCCCAUAAGUCAUCCUGAUGGUCUCCCAUACAACUGUACUUUUGGUGGAAUGGUUUAUGGCAGGGCCGCACAAACACGGAAAACCGCACGCGUACAAAGCGAGGUGCAGCGAGUGCCUGCACAGUGCAUCGGUUCAACUCGGCAUACUUCGCCUCAACUCGGCUUGCUAGGUGAGGCCGACGCUGUGUGCUGCCGAAUGCGCUGCCAGAUGGCUUGGUCAACAUUGGAAAACGUAAGCGCAAGACAAUUACCGGAAUAACAGAAAAAAAGGGAAAAUUGCCGAAAGUCAAUUUAAACCGGAAUGGGAACUCUCCUACUUUUUUGUGCGUUGUGACGAUAAAGUCAAAUGUCUAAUCUGCGGUACACUAAUUACGUGUGUCAGAAAAUCGUCUAUUGAAAGAUACUACAGCAAAUUGCAUUCAGAAAAGUAUAGUGAUAUAACAGGGGAUGCCAGAGAGGAAGAAUUACGGAAGUUGCAAACUCUUGCAGAAGAGAAUUCUGUGUCUACAAACGAGGUUUGUUGAAAGUACUUUAGCAUGUAUAUUUUGGUUAAAGGUCAUUCGAAACGAAAUACCAUUUGUUGAGAUUCCUUAGUUUUUGUUUUCGCAUAAAUUAUUUCUAACAUAUCUUUUUUUCUCUACUUUAGGGUGAAGAAGAUGAGGGGUGUUGCGAAAGGACUCUCAGAGCUAGUUACAAAGUUGCUCUACGUUUAGCAAGACCUGGGAGGCCAUUUAUGGACGGGCCAUUAAUAAAAAACAUGAUGUUGGAUGUAGUAGAGACUAUGAAUCACACAUUAGCUCCCGCGUACAGCAGAAUAUCACUUUCCAGAAUGACAAUACAUCGGAGAAUCAACAACAUUGCAUGAACAACUGGCAGCCAAAAUUGAAAACUUCCUAGCGUACUCCAUCGCACUUGAUGAGUCCACGGAUAUUAACGACACGGCUCAGUUAGCAAUAUUUUUGCGUGGCGUGGACGACGACCUACAUGUAACGGAAGAGCUCCUGGAUAUGAUUUCGUUUAAGGACACUGUUACAGGGGCAGAUAUUUUAGCAGCUGUUGAAAUGGCAGCUGAAGGAAUAGGACUCCCUUGGGAAAAGCUGUUUUCCGUAACCAUAGACGGGGCACCAGCAAUGUGCGGUAAAGCAAAAGGGUUUAUUGGCCUACUGCGGAAAAAAUUUAACAUGCCGAAUUUACCUUCCGUUCAUUGUUUUGCACACCAAGAGGCUCUUUGUGCGAAAGUUAUCGGUCUUCAAGAUGUGAUGAAGGUAGUGGUGCGUGAUGAAGGUAGUGGUGCUUAUCGUGAACUACAUUCGUUCUCAUGGACUCACUCAUCGUGAAUUCAAAGAAUUUUUGAUUUCCUUUGAAGAGGAGUAUCCAGAUAUUCCCUACCACGCUGAGGUGCGCUGGCUGAGCAAAGGGAAAGUUAUUUCCCGAAUUUUUCGACUACAUCACACUGUGGCUCAGUUUUUGGAGAGCAAAGGACGUCCGGAGCCACUUUUUCAUUACCCUGAAUGGGUAGCUGGUUUGGAUUUUUAGCACACAUUAUGGCUCUCCUAAAUGAUUUAAGUCUGAAACUCCAAAAAGAAAACAAUCUCAUCAAAGAUAUGAUCAGCAAAAUAAACGCUUUCCAGUAUAAACUGAAGCUCCUCAAAAACAACAUUUCAGAGAAAAAUGCGCAACACUUUCCUGAACUAGCAUCUGUGCAGGAAGGAGCGCACUUUGAAAAAUACGUCGAGGUGCUACAAUCCCUCGAAAAUGAGUUUAACGACCGAUUCCAGGAAAUUACAUACCUGCAGCCAAUUGUUGAUGUUUCUGUGAAACCUUCUUUGAUGGAUAUUGAAAGUGCGCCUUCAGAUUUACAUUUCAAACUAAUUGAUUUGCAAAGCGAUGUUCACCGAAAGGAUGUGUUUUACAAUACAAAAGGUUUGCUCCAAUUCUACCAGAAUUUGCCGAAGGAAGAAUUUCCCAAGUUACACAGAGAAGCAUCGAAGAUUAUUUCUAUGUUUUGGUUCCACUUGUGUAUGCGAAAGGUUUUUUUCUGUUUUGUCUUGUACAAAAACUAGAUUGCGUGCGAGUAUUUCUAAUUGUAAUUUAAAAAAAUCUCUCAGAAUUGCUGUCAGCCAAUCUCUUGUUCCAGAUCUUAGUAGCAUAAUUGCAAAUAAAAUAAAGA